AUGUCACGCCACGCGAGAUGUCCGACUNCUCCAACAAAUCAAAUACGUCUGACAAAUGUGGCAGUGGUUAGGAUAAAAAAAGCAGGAAAGAGAUUUGAAAUUGCUUGUUACCGAAACAAAGUAAUAUCGUGGAGAAAUGGGGUCGAAAAAGAUAUUGAUGAAGUUUUGCAAACACACACCGUCUUUACAAACGUGUCAAAAGGAGAAGUGGCUAAAAAAGAAGAUUUAGUAAAAGCUUUUGCAACAGACAACCAAACUGAAAUAUGCAAAACAAUUUUAACUAAAGGUGAACUUCAAGUAUCAGAUAAAGAAAGACACAGUCAAUUAGAGAAUCAGUUUAAAGAAAUUGCAACCAUGGUUGCUGACAAAUGUGUAAACCCAGAAUUAAAGCGACCAUACCCUGUAUCAAUGAUAGAAAAAGCAAUGAGAGAAGUCCACUUUUCAAUUAAACCCAAUCAAAGUGUCAAACAACAAGCUCUGCAAGUUAUUAAAGUGUUGCAAGAAAAAUUACCUAUAGAAAGAGCUCAAAUGAGGUUGAGAGUUACACUGCAUGGAAAAGAUGCAAAAAGAUUAAAAGAAAGACUAUCAAAAAUUCCAAAUGUGCAAAUUGAACAGGAAGAUCGAGAUGGUGAAACAUUAACGAUAGUAUUUUUAACAGACCCAGGCAAUUUUAGGGAAAUUGAUGACAUGUUUAAAACAGAAACAAAAGGAAAUGCAUUACUGGAAGUACUAUCAUAUAAAGAAGUAACUAAAGUUUAA